AUGCCAGUGCUGCUCACUUUCCUAGUGGUGACGGGGACCGAUUCGAUCACAGCUCUCAGGAAAGCCCGGCGACAGGAGCAGCUGGUCAGCAAGCGGCUUCUGCGGGAGGACAUCACAGCAGAGGAGCUUGGACAGGAUGGAGCAAAGGUUGUGCUGGACCCUCUCUCGGAGGAGGAGGUUCUUGAGCUGCUCAGAGGCGUGCAGAGGGGUUCGGAGGACAGGAAAAGAUCACUCAGCCAGCUUCGCUGGGCUCUGCAGAACAAGGAGACUCAACAGAAGUUUGUCAGGCUGGACGGCAGCAUCCGGACACUCAUCGGGCUCUUCACCAGCAGCCUGGCUGACAUGCAGAUGGAGGCAGCCCGCUGUCUCCAUGAGCUCUCCCACUCCAGUGACCCUGCUGUGGUGGAGGCGUGUCUGCCAGUGACCUCCUAUCUCCUCACCUACCUCUCGGGAUACAGCAUUGAGUUCACGGAGCUGUGUUUGUACACACUGGGGAACCUGGUAGUGGAAAGUGAAGCUGUGAGGAAGCAGCUUCUGCCUCAGGGCAUCACUGCAGUGCUGGCACUUUGUUCUGUUUGAUUGCAGUCCCCGCACGAGGCUGUGCUGGAAGGUCUGGGCUACGUCCUCUCGCAGCUCCUUCAAGCCAAGGAAGCCCCUGCAGAGAUCAUACCCUUGGUUCUGGACUCUGUUCUCCCCCAGCACAUGCUUCGACUGGUUUGCUCCGGCCUCAAGGCUGGGACAGGAGCAGCCGUGGAGUUUGCAUGGUGUCUCCACUACAUCAUUUGUAGCCAUACAGCCAACAUGGCAUUGCUGUCGCUGGGGGCCGUGCCUGCCCUCACCUCACUCUUGCUCGACCUGGCUUCUGAAAUGCCCCAGGAUGCUUCUGAGGGCCUGGAGCUGCUCGUCUGCCCAGUGCUGCGGUGUCUCAGCAACCUGCUCGCGGAGGAGACGGGCUGUGAAGGGCAGAUCCAGGACGAGCGCCUGCUCAUCGCCCUCUUCCUCAUCCUGCAGUGCUUCCUCCAGCAGCACCCGUUCAUCGUACAGGAGUGUCUCUGGCUGCUGAACAACCUCACGGCGGAUGAGCCGUUCUUCUGCUCCGCUCUGCUCUCUCUGGACUUGCUCCCGGCCCUGCUGCAGCUCCUGCCGUGUUCCCGGAUGGCCAGUGUGUUGGUCCUGACCAUUCUGUGCAAUAUAGCAGAGAAGGGACCAGCCUACUGCCAGCAGCUGCACCGGCAGGCGGGCCCGCCCCAGCUGGCGGCCGACCCCGAAGUGGUGGGGCAGUGCUUCGAGCUGCUGCACCUCCUCUUCCUGCACUGGCCGGAGGCCACGCCACCUCCCUUCCUCCCACCACGCUCCAACGAGUAG